GAUAAGGCUCAAAUACUCAACGCAACGUUAAACGCUGUCAACACAAUGUCCAACAUAAGCCAACUCACAUGUUCAUGAGAUGUGUGGUGGCCCACGAAAACGUAAGGGACUCCACAGAGGGGUACCCACAAGUUAAUAUUACAACACCAGGAAAACCUUAAAAAGCAAGGGAAGCAUUAUCACAUGGUCAUUGAACUAAACAAGAUUAAGAGGUGGCUGCCGAUAUGGCAAUAUUUAAAGAACAAGUGGAAUGUUUAUGUUCACUUUUUUAACUGGCACACCAACUACUAUUCGGCAUGGUUGUACACCACCAAAGAAGAUGAAGAUUUCAUCCAGUCUGCUGGCCAUCCAGAUUUAGGCAACUCAGGUCCACCUAGAACAAUGGCCGCAAGUCAAGUGCGGGCAAAGCGACAACAACCAACCGCAGAUUUUUACAAUUCAGCAUCAGAUACCACAAGUGGCAGAGAAAGCGAAGGAAGUAAUUAUAAAGAAAGAAAUCAAGAAGAUGACCGCUUUCGGACGAUGGGGAGAAACGUCAGUAACACAUCGGUAAAGCAAAAGCGAUCAAGAUGCUUAAGUUGCUAUGAAGUGUCAAACAUAAUACUUCAAAAGAAAAUCCAAAACCGAACUGAACUACUUGCACUCGCGAGCACCCAAAAGGCUGAGGGAAAGACCGAUCUAGCAGAGUUUGUGAUGAACAGAGGAAACAGAGUUGUAGAGGAAUGCAUUUCAAUGGCAUGGGGGAUGGAGAAGGCAAGUGAGGUGCUACAAAGAAGUAAGCUAACAAGACUUCUGAUCUUGGAAAAAUGUCUGCAAGACCCUUGCACUGCUGUGUGUUGUGGCCGGUGGACGGAAUGCGCUCAACAGCUAUGUGGAACCACAUGCCAAUUGAAGUUUUAACCAAGGCUUUGAAAAGUCUCCUAGAACAGGGGUGGGGAAAAUUUUGCAACAUUUUAAUCAAGGGCCU